GCUGUAUAGGGCACCACACUAGUCGCGUCACUAUGUGAUUGGACUUUCCGAAAUGAGAAGGCCCCUCCCUUACUUCAGGGUCAGUUGUUCGUUCACCUCAUUCUCAUCAUGACAGCCUCCACGGGAAGAAAUAAGGCAAACGAGGCACCUCAGGUUUGAGCGAUUCUAAUAAGCCAUGGUCACGUUAUUGAAAUGCCGAAAUGGACGGCGGCUGGACUGCCAAUGCACCUCGGCGGGCAAAUGGUCACGAUGCUUGUAGCGACGCACAUGAGCGCAGUGUUUCAUGAAACGCUCCCGUGCUGGAUAUGUCCCAGAGGAGACCUCAAAGUACUUUUGCGAGUGGCAGCAACAGCGACACGGCCACCAACGAAUCCUACUCUGGUCUGGAGACAUCGAUCGACGAGGCCGACAGCAUGUCCAGGAUGUCCUUCGUACAAACCGCCCCAGCGGCCUCUCCCGGUCAAGCCCGGCAUUAGCGGUAAAUAUAGCCAUUUGAACCCCUCCACCGAGUCGCGCAAGACAGCGCGCUUAUAUGCAGCAAAGUAUCCCCAACCGUGUCGCAAACGUCGCAGGACGCUGUCAUCCUUCAGCGCAAAGUCUUCAAAAGAUAAAGGAUUCAGCAACGUGACCAGGUGUCCAAUCGCCCACACGUUCGCGCGGAUGCAGCCUGGCGGGCAGCAGACCAAUGCACAAGUGCCCGGCUUCAGCCCCAGGCGACACAGCUGCCUGCCUGAUGACUAGCUGCAUCGUGGUGCAGUGUUGUGCUUUUGGCCCCCAAAAUGGCGGUUGCUUAAUUUCUCUCAAAUUCUCAUACGUCCGCCGUUCUUCCAGACACUUCCUUCCUUCUUACGUUACCUGCUUGUCUGUUGCAUUUGUGUGCUAUAUCAGUCAGCUUGUGCCGCCCUCAGCAAGCCAUCACCACCGCCCCGCUUUCGCAGCUGACGCCUGAACCCACACCUUUGAGCACCGUUUGCUGGUGGUUGCAUUUAUU